UAAGCCUGUGUGGGUAUAACUAAACUAUUUUUUAUUAGUAUACCUACUAUACUAGCGACCCGCCCCGGCUUCGCACCGGUGCAAUAUAUCUACUACAGAAUGUCCCUAUACACAACGUUCACAGCUUUUUUGUUAUUAGACAAUUAAGGUGGGCAAUAUUAUAGUACAUUAUUUUGGUCUAUCUCGUAGAGUUCAGCCAGCGUUUGCAAUAUAAGCGCAAAAAAUGUGCUUAUAGAAACCUCUAAAUUUAGAGAUUGCGUAGUUUUAAAGAUCUAACCAUAUACAGGGACAGACAGACGGCGGAUAGCGACUUUGUUUUAUACUAUGUAGUGAUUAUUAAUAACGUAUUUUGUAUCUCGCAAAACAAAAGAAUCUAAAGAAAAGAUUUUCAUCAGUUCUAAUACGGUACUUUUUCAGGAUGGUAAAUUGGAAGUGGAGAGCCCUUUGGCGAUUGGCCAAGAACUUAUUUAUGAUCCAGGCAAAUACUGCAUUGACAUGUUCAUUAUGGCGCAAAAUAAAACCAAGUUGAACGCUUUCAUUUGCCACGUCCAUAAGGAAAUAGAGAAAUACCAUUUAACGGUGACCGGUUCUUGUUACUUGGUUACCUGUUUCUUCGUUAUCCUGAGAGUUUCCUUAUUCGCGUGGUUGCCGGAACUUCAAACACUUCACGGUGUGACCAUUGUAGCGUACCUCGGAAAUUUCGUGGUGGGUUACAUGUUGUUGGGAAUUAAGAAACUGUUCAUGUACAAAAAUAAUAUCAGUCGAGAAAUAUGCGUCGUUUUAAGUAUCAUUACGUACUUCAGCAUUAUGUCUGCAUUCUUCUGGCGUAACAUUAUGUGCUUCGAUAUGUGGAGGACUUUCAGUGGCAAGCACACCAUUUCAAGAAGAAAUAAAAUCUCCCGUCCACGUUUAGCCGCAUACUUUGCCUACGCGGUCGGUGUCCCGGCAGGGCUCACUGCUAUACUUAUUGCAAUGGAGUUCUCGGAUAUUUCCAAUUAUCAUCCUCUGAAACCGAAACUUCGAUUAAAUGGCUGCGCCGGCAUGAGUGGCGAUGGCGCGCUAGUCUACCAUUUCACGCCAUUAAUCACCUUAUUCUUCGCCAACAUAGUGAUGUUCACUUCAACGGCCCUGAAAAUUGCGGCGACAACAAAACAGACCAAAAUUUUAUACCAAUCACAGAGUAAUGUAACCAAUGCUACAAACACUGAAAGACAAAGGUUUUUACUUUACGUGAAACUUUGGGCAGCCAUGUUGAUCCUGGAAGUAAACUGGAUAGUAAGAGCAGUAGUUUAUUUUUUCCCAGAAGUAGAAGUACUAGUCUUCUUCGUCGAUAUAUAUAAUACAACAGUCCUUCUAGGAUUAAUAAUCCAUUACUUCUGUCAAAAAAGAAAUUGGAGAAAAAUUAAAAUGAGAUACCAACAAAUGAGAGGGAUUGCAGUGUCUGAACCGAACACAGGAACAUCAUCAAACCGUACCAUGUCAACCACAAGCUUAGAGGUGUCACAAAUAUCUGUCACAAAUGUCAGUAACACAGUUACAUCCAACUGUGAUACAAGCCCUCUAUAAUGUAGUAAAUAACCCUUGCUGUGGUAAGACCACACACUCUUUUUAUUAUUUUCCUAAUUAUGAAAGAGAUUAACCCAAUAAGUUCACCUUUAGAAUCUAUUCGUCUGUUCUCUAGCGAAGGUUUAAAAGAAUCUAAGUCUCUAUUAUAGAAUCUAUUGGAAAAUUCUUACUUAUGUCGUUAUGUCUGUUUUAAGUAAAUUUGAAAGGGCGGAGAAUAGAUACGAAUAAUAGGAUUUAAUUAUCGACAUUCAUAAUUAUAAACAUCUGUGUAUUAAUUAUCAGACUAAAUAUAUACCGGGUGACUUGUACCUUGACGUAUUCCUCUUAGGACGUAAUAGUAAUAGUACCUAUAACUAUUUUUCUACAAAAUUAGCCCUGACGUCCCUAGUCCGGAAGUGGCUAGUUAUUGUAUUGACAUAUUCAAAAUUUUGUUCAAAUGGAUCUUCCCUAUGAUAAAUACGUUCCUAAUCUCUGUGAUGGUCACUCUU